AUGGAGUCUAUCUGUCUGUCUGUCAAUUCCAAUGUAUCUAUCUACUGUAGUAUGUUGAAAUAUAUCUCUGUAUAUCUGUCAAUUCAAAUCUAUCUUACUGUAUUAAAAUCUAUCACUCAAUACAAAUGUAUCUAUCUCGCGCAGUGCAUUAAAAUCUAUCUAUCUAUCUAUCUAUCUAUCUAUCUAUUUGCCUGUCUGUGUGUCAAUUACAAUGUACCUAUCGUUUGCAGUAUAUUCAAAUAUAUCUCUAUAUAUUUGUCAAUUCAAAUCUAUCUUACUAUACCUAUCUCGCGCUGUAAAUCUAUCUAUCUAUCUAUCUAUCUAUCUAUCUAUCUAUCUAUCUAUCUAUCUAUCUAUCUAUCUAUCUAUCUAAAUGUUAAACUAAGUAAUUUUGCCAUUCGAUAUCUCAUUUUUAUUGCUGGUAAUAUUUUUUUUCUCUAUCUAUCUAUCUAUCUAUCUAUCUAUCUAUCUAUCUGUUUCAUUUUUUCUUCUUCAACUUUAUGGAAUCUAUCUAUCUAUCUAUCUAUCUAUCUAUCUAUCUAUCUAUCUAUCUAUCUAUCUAUCAUUCGCAGACAGUAA